AUGGAAAACAGCUUUCAGCAGAAUUACCAAACCGAAAUCGAGAUCUUAUCAAGAGACUACUCCCCUCUAAGAUCCUCCCACAAGUGAAAAUCCACAAAAAUCCCAUCAGCCCAGUUAAACUCAGAUACAGUUUCACUAUUAAACCAAAAAGAAAAAUUCACCGUUCAAAGAGCAGGCUCUGAUACAACUGACAUAUAUUCCUUAUUCCAGUUCAAUAAAAGAAUGCAAAAUAAAAGGAGCGAAAAACUGCUACAGAGCGCAUUUAGCUUUUGGAGGCUAAUUAACCCAUCACAGCUAAGGUCAAUUUCUAAGCCAGUUUAUAUAAAGGUGUUUGAGAAUAUAUAUAAAGAUAUUUUGGACCCAAAUAAUACAGCAUACGCUAAGGAAUAUGCAAUUAAUGACGCAGAAAUUGAUUUUAAUGGAAAUUUUGGACUGACUUUUUGUGAAUUUUAUGACUCGUUUUUCGAGUUUUUAGACACUAUGACGAAAAGUGUGCUGAUUGGGGAGUAUUUGAGAUUUAUUAAAGCUGUAUAUUCGAAUAUUCAAGAAGCGGCUUGGUUUAGUGCACUUAAUUUGCAUAAUAAACUGCAUUUGAGUGAAGCACCAAGACCGAUUUUUCAGAGCUGGAUGGUGAAAUCGUUCAGAGAGACUAGGCAGACUAUGGUAGAAAAUACAUCGCUGUCUCCGCCCAAAGCAGCAUCAGUUAAAAUUGACUUGGAUAACCUCCAGAGGAAAAACAGAAAGAUCGUUAGAGAAGCAAACCAAGUCCAGCGGAAGAUAGAAAUUUUGAAAAGACAAAUAAGAUCUUCUCAAAGCAGAGUCAGGUCCAGAUCAACUCUUGAUGGGCGAUAUAACUGGACAGUAGAUAUAGAUAAAAAAGAUAGAGAUUGAAGCACAAUCAAGAAAGACAGCUACUUAGACAAAUUCAACCCUCUUUCGAUAAAACCUCUAAGAGGUGGGCGGGACUCGAAUUUCCUCGAAGAAAUCAUUCAGCUGAGAAAAGGAAAAACAAUAGAAAUGUUAAAUUAA